AUGAGUGAAUUGAGGAAGCAACUAGAAGAUCUACUUGAAAAGAAGUUUGAUCUUCCGAGUGUUUCGCCAUGGGGUGCGCUAGUGUUGUUAGUGAAGAAGAAGGACGAUAGUAUGAGGAUAUGUGUGGAACAUCUGAGAAUUGUAUUGCAGACAUUUAAAGAGAACCAGUUGUAUGCAAAGUUUCCCAAGUGUGAGUUCUGCUUAAGAGAAGUGAGUUUCCUUGGUCAUGUGGUUUCUAGUGGUGGUAUAGUUGUGGAUCUGUCGAAGAUAAAUGAUGUGUUACAAUGGGUGUAUCAGAAUUCUAUCACUGGGAUUAGAAGUUUUCUUGGAUUGGCUGGUUACUACAGGAAGUUCAUUAAAGGGUUUUCAAAGUUAGCAUUGUCGUUAACUCAGUUGACUCGAAAGGGUCAAGCCAAGGUUUGGGAUGUCCUUUGUGAAGAGAGUUUCCAAGAACUCAAGAAGAAGUUGAUGUCUGCUACAUUUUUGAUUUUGCCGAAUCCAAGUGAGUCCCUUGUUAAAGAGCUUAACAUGAGACAGAGGAGAUGGUUAGAUUUUUUGAAGGACUACGAAUUUAGUUUGAAUUUCCAUCCUGGUAAAGACAAUGUGGUAGUAGAUGAUUUGGGUAGGAAAUCUUUGCACAUGUCGACAAUGAUGCUAACCAGUAGUUUUCUUGAAGAGAUCAAAGAGAAACAAAGAUUGAAUUUGGCUUUGGUUGAUCAACUAACAUCAGUAGGUCAAGGCAACGAUGAGGAUUUCCAAAUUAAUGAGAACGGAAUUCUGAAGUUUCGAGGCAAAGUUUAUGUACCUGAUGUUCCAGAGUUUAAGAGGAUAAUCUUAGAGGAGAGUCUUGGAGCAAUUUGA